UCACUUUUGGACCUGUGUAUCAUCAUCACAUAGGGUAUAAAAAUAAGUUUUGUUUAAUUUGUAAUCCUACAGAGAGCAAAUUUUCAAGUCAGAUAAUUGAUUCUUGCACGACAGCCAAAAAUGAAACUUUGGUUAAAGCCUGUACCAGUUUUCCCCAAAGUCAUGCUUGUAUGAUUUACAAGAAUAUAUUUUGCCAACAAUGUAAUGAUGUAAACAAUGAACUAGGAGAUUGUUUUUUUUUCUCGGACGAAUAUGAACAAGAAGAGUCAGACUAUCAUGAUACGGAUUUCGAUUAUAAUCAUAUUGGAGAGACACGUCAAACAUUGACAUUCUUUACUCCCAAGGAUUUUGAUGAUUCCUAUUUUCAAAGCCAAGAAAAAAAUACUAAAUGUUCCUAUGACCAGAUUUUUGAUGACUUUGCAAAAGUCUGCAGAAACCUGUCCUGUUUUGACGGAAAACACUUACAAAACAAGACCUGCGUCUCGUAUUUCAAGAUGACGACAAAUUUGCGUUAUACUCUAGCCGUUAAAAUCACGUUUACUACCCUUGCAUAUGUAAAUGCUACAGUUAAACAAACACUGGAAGUAUUUAAGAAUCACAUCAAAAACUUUGUAAAUGCUACUUGCAAAAAUCCAAAGAUAGAAAAAAUAAUUCUGUUGCAUCAUGACAGCUGCAAUACUGUAAUUUCGAGUCAGGCUGAGGUGUCUCUUUUUUUCACAUUUUUUGUAAAUAGCAGUGUUAAUCGCGAUGAGAUAGAAGAACAAUUAAACAUGUUCACAAGUGCAUCUGCAAAUUGGGACCUAUUGGAAACAAUUACUUUAAAUGUUACAGUAUCAAGGAGUGAAUAUGCACUUCUUCUGCCACUGCUUAUGUGGAAACUCGAUAAAAGGACUCAUUGUUUUGUUCAAGAAGAACGACCGGAACUAGGGCCAACUGAAUUCCUUAAUGUUGUUGUGAGCCCACUGUUGAUUUGUCAAAGCCUUAUUUUAAAAGAUUACGAAUUUGGUGUUGAUUGGACUAGCAUACGCGACGAGUAUGUUUAUAAGGGUUUACAAUUUUCAUCAUCUCAAUUCGAUAUAUACAACGAUGGUUUCAGAGUUUGCAAAACGGAUAUUGCUGUGUAUGUAAGCAAAAUGAGAGAAAUAAGUUUAGGUUUCGAAAAUAUUUUCUUUACCAUGUUUAACAAAACCUUAUCUACAUUUACCAUUGUUUGCAACUGCUUUUCUUUAUCAUUUUUGUUAUUGACGCUUAUAACUUACAGCAUGUUUCCGGAGAUGAGAACUCUGUCUGGUGUUAAUAAUAUGCUUUUGCCCUCAGACUUGAAGAACCAAGGAAAGACGAAACAUCCAAAACUCUUAUGA